AUGGCGAAGCCGUAUGUGCCGCAUGACGUCCUUGACGAGACGGCCAAGACUUCAUUGGUCGGCCUGGGCAGCGGCUUCUUCAUUGCCGCCAUCCAGAAUGCCCUGUCGAAGCGCAACGUCGGCGCUAUGAGCGUCUUUACGCGGGGAGCUCCCAUCAUUGGCAUUUGCGCUGCCGGUCCCGGUGCCUAUGCCUUCUUCUCCCGGACGAUGAUGAACCUGCGGGAGAAGGAUGAUGCUUGGGCCGCCGCCUUUGGAGGUUUCAUGUGCGGCAGUGUUCUCGGACUUCCUUUCCGACGCACACCCAUCGUGCUGGCCCUUGGUGCUUUCGUUGGCACUGCCCAGGGCCUUUUCCACGUCACCGGAGGAAAGCUGGACAGCUUCUACAAGGAGGAGGAUGAGUUUGAGCGCAAGGAGACUAUUCGACGGACAACCCGUCUGCCCGUUGAGCAGACUGUUGCCGAACUGGGCGAGGGACGAGGCAUCCGUCCUCCUGGAUAUGAGGAGCGGAGACGAGAGCGCAUCAAGGAGAAGUACGGCUUCGAAGUUAACCCUGUGAGCGCCACCGCUGAGGGCAGCCAAUAA